CAUUGAAUUUUGAAACUUACAUCAAACAUCAUCGAUAAACAGAUAAGAAGAUAGACAGAUAGAUAAGAAAUUGGAUUAUUAAUAACAACAGCAACACAAAAUAAAAAUGGAAAUAAAUAAAUACAUGGACUGUUCGCACUCCCUGCGAUAGAUUAAAGAGAGCUGUGAAUUGCAUUUUAUCUAAUCUCGGAAAUAUUGCGAGAAUCGGAGCGAGCGCAAAGAGGAGGCAAUAAGCAAGGUUGUUGUAAUUGCGCGAUAUAUACACGAUCGUUCAUCGCCUGCCAGCCAGCCAGCAAAACCCACCCACCCAUCCAUCGUCUCCUGCCUCUCUCUCUCUCGUCCCAUCAGCAACAUCUAUUAACAAUCCAGAACAAACAACAAAAAUGGUGUUGAGUUUCAAGAAGGGUAAAUUUCUGUUUCGGAGAAAAGUUAAGAAGCCGGUGGAAAAACCUCCAGUGAAAGCAGAAUCGAUCGUUUGCUUGAGAUACGUCCAAUUCGACGAAUUCGACACGAACUAUGUUAUCAAAUCGACGCAAAAAUCGGAAACCAUCGUUCCGGUUGCGGUUGCAGCACCUGAAAAUGUAAUUAGCAGAAUCAACAGUCGCAGCCUCGAAUCGGUUUCCACUGAAGAGUACUACGAUGAGGAAGAAUUAACGCAAUUGCAGAAAACCACGGCAGAAGUAGAAUCGAAGGUGAAAUUUGCGCCCGAAGAAGAGUACGACAAAAAUAAUGUGGAACAGAGGAAAACCGACAAAACUGUAAGAAUAGAAACAGAUAAACGCGAAGAAGUGUCGAUUGAAACCGUUGCCGACGUCUCGAAGAAGCAGGAAACAGAACCGAAGGAGGAGAAACCGAUAAAAAGUAUAUUGAAGAAGGGCACGACGGAGGAAAGCGAGAAAAAGUCGACGUUGAUUUUCAUGACGGAGAAUCACGACGAAGACGACGAGGAAAAGGAGGAGCAUCCGCUGUUCGAUGACGGUAAGAAAGAAGACGAAGUGGAUGAAAAACCGCUGAAAAAAUUCAACCAGGAGAACGUUUACAAUAAGACGACAGACGAAGACCAGGAGGAAGAGGAGAAAGAGUACAGCAGCAAUGCGGCAAGCAUAUUCUUCGAUGACGAUGAACCGGAACCGACGGAAAGAGUACGAAAGAUCGAUUUGAAGAGACAGGACGAUGAUGUGGUGGACGACGCCGCAUCGGUGGGCAGUCAGACGAGCGCUUAAACGCAUUGAUUUUAAAUUAAGUUAAAUAAAUUUUGAAAUGAAUAG